AACUUUCUCCAACGAUCAACGAACGAUAUAAAACGGCUGCUCUUCAUCAUCCCCAGAGUCACGUGUCGAGACAGCAAAGAUGGCUCCUCUUCACCUGUUGGCCGUCCUUUGUGGGAUCAUUGCUCUGAGCCAAGCUGAUCGUGGCGCCAAAGACAAAGACAAAAAUCAUUGCCCGAAAGGCUGGACUCAGCUGGACAACAAGUGUUACAUCUUUUUCCACAAUCCCAGAACCUUUCCAGAUGCAGAGAGGGUCUGCAACGUUUUUGACGGGAACCUGGUCUCAAUCGACAAUCGCUUAGAAAACGCAUUCGUUGUUGAGCUGAUCCGGGAGGGGGCUGGUUCUGUCGUAAACACCUGGAUUGGACUGUUUGAUACACUGCCGGAAGACGAUUUCAUAUGGACCGAUGGUGAAGACUUUAAGUUCUCAAACUUCGCUGGUGGCCAGCCUGACAACAAUGGUGGAAAUGAAAACUGUGUAGAGAUUCAAGCGGACUCAACAUGGAACGACAAUGCGUGCACCGUGUUAAACCCAUAUGUUUGCUGCAGACCUGCGGAGAAAAAAGAUUGCCAUUAAUCAGCCCUCUUUGCUUCCAUCUUUCGUCGAUAAUAAUCUUUCCUUCAUCACACAACCUUUGAGACAACAUCGGUGG